UAUGUUUGUAAACAGAAACCAGGCUAUACAAAUUCAGCACGCCUAUAAAAACCCGUCAGCGGCCUCACUCUUCAACAGACGGAAUUUCAGUAGCCAGUCAACUAUCAACAUGUUACUGACAACUCAGAUCGCCUUCUUGAAGAUGCUUUUAACCCUGUGCUAUAGCAACGUGCACUGGAUCUUUGGCAACAUCUUAAAAACAGUGAGCUUUUGGGUGGGAAGAAAGCGCGAACAGGUGGCGUUACGCACAGCCGUAAUUGGGGUCGCCAAAAAUGGAAAGAAUGACGCACAAAGGACGCCAAAAGAAAACGCCACAAUACCAACCAGUGUCAACUACCACUUCACAAGGAAAUGCAAUUACAAGUGCGGCUUUUGUUUCCACACAGCAAAAACGUCUUUUGUCCUGCCAAUAGAGGAUGCGAAGAGAGGGCUGCAACUUCUAAAGGAUGCAGGAAUGGAAAAAAUAAACUUUUCUGGCGGAGAGCCUUUCUUGCACGAGAGGGGUGACUUUUUGGGUGAGAUGGUGCGGUUCUGCAAAGUGGAGCUCCAACUUCCCAGCGUCAGUAUCGUGAGCAAUGGCAGCAUGAUCAAGGAGCGCUGGUUCAAGAAAUAUGGAGAGCACCUGGACAUCCUGGCUAUCUCCUGUGACAGUUUCAACGAAGACACCAACCAAGCCAUCGGCCGUGCCCAGGGUCAGAAGAGCCACCUCGACAACCUGUUCAAAAUCCGGAGCUGGUGCCAAGACUACAAGGUGGCUUUCAAACUCAACUCUGUGAUCAACACCUACAACAACGACGAGGAUAUGGCCGAGAACAUCAGCCAGCUGAACCCUGUGCGGUGGAAGGUGUUCCAGUGCUUGCUGAUUGCUGGGGAGAAUGUGGGAGAAGACAGCCUUCGAGAGGCAGAGCGAUUUGUCAUCAGCGACCAACAGUUUCAGGACUUCCUUGACCGUCACAGAAGCAUUACAUGCCUGGUUCCAGAGUCCAAUGAAAAGAUGAGGGAUUCCUAUCUGAUUCUGGAUGAAUAUAUGCGUUUCCUGGAUUGCAGAGAAGGUCGUAAAGACCCGUCCAAGUCUAUUCUGGAUGUAGGAGUUGAGGAGGCUAUCCAAUUCAGUGGCUUUGAUGAGACGAUGUUUCUGAAGAGGGGUGGGAAAUAUGUAUGGAGCAAAGCUGACAUGAAACUUGAGUGGUGACCUGACUGCUUGUGUGUUUUUUGCUUGAGAAAAAAAAGAUAUUUUAAGAUAU